GAAGUCAUUGGGUUUCAUUCAUUCUUGAUGUUGCAUAGACUUUUUCCGAAGUUUUUUUCAAAAUGCGUCGGAAACCAGAACAUCAGGCAGCGAGCAGUGACUCCGUCAACGCGAAUAAAAAGAGAGCGGAGCGGCCAGCUGACGCCUCAGCCAGGCGGUCCUACAGCUCCAUCCUCAUCAACUUCGGGAAGUGCUUACUGCUGAUCGUGAUCGUUCCUCCCUUCCUCAACUAUGCAUCUCUGCAAAGAGAAGGACAGAUGCUCCUGCCAAAAGACGGGCAGAUGGUUGAUGUCGGUUUGGGUCAAAAGUUACAUCUUUUGUGCAAAGGACGAGGAAAACCAGCCAUUAUACUGGAUGCACCAACAGGAAUGUCCUCAGACGUCUGGGUCCAUGUGCAGGAGAAACUUUCCUCCCUGACAAAGGUUUGUACAUAUGACAGGAUGGGACUGGGGUUCAGCAAGCGGCUCAUGCAGAACGAAACGACCGGGACGGAGAAAGUCUGGGGGGCGUCCACAACUGGACGGAUGGUGGAUGAUCUGCACCGCCUGCUGCAGGCUGCGGGGAUAGCCACCCCCUUCGUGCUCGUCGGCUCAGAGCUCGGAGCGCUCAACAGCCGGUUCUACAGCCACAUUCAUGAUGCGCAGGUGUCAGACCUGGUGCUGAUAGAUCCCAUCCCAGAGGACAUCUUUGAAGAGGACCAAUGGAAGGAGUACUGGUACGGGAAGCUGCUGCCGUCACUCCAGGCCCGGCAGUUCUCGGCCGCCACUGGACUGAGCCGCCUGCUGAUCAUCCUGGGCGUCAUUGAGCCGUUGCUGAAAGGAGAAAAUGUCUCAGAGGAAGUCAUCCAGCGGCAGAAGCACCUCCUCAGUAACCCCGCCCACCAGAGCAGCGCUGUGGACGAGCAUUACUUUAUGAACGAAAGCGUCGCUCAAGUCGGGGACAUCACAAAGUUUAAGCCACUCUCCAGCCGGAUAUCAGUGAGCAUGCUCACUGGGGAUUCCUUUGAUGAGCAAAUGCCUCAACAGCUAAACCAAAUGGUCACCGAACAUCAAAAGAGGUUCCUGAAGGAGUCCUACCCAUCGGCCAAUCACAUACACAUAAAAGGAGCAGACCGGCGAAUGAUCUACAAGAAGCCAUCUGCCAUCAGCCAGCACCUGUGGAAGCUCGUCAGCCAGCGACAGGCCGGUCCGCAGAGCGAGUGACCCGCCAGAGAGGAAGCAGUCGCCACGGAUACGGGGGCCGAGCAACGGCUGAAUAGGUUUUAGAUACUCACUAAAAGGUUCGGUGGGCUCGUUUUGCCAUUUUUCGCAGCCUUUCGUGGAGCCGGUCCACACGCCGCGCUAAGGUUCAUCAGAAAGUCCAAUAAAUUUCUGCUUCACUGGAAGCUUUUUUUUUUUUUUUUUGAAACAUGAAAAUGAAGCAUUUUCUGUCUUUGAGUCAUCAAAUCUUCCCAAGUUUUUUCAGGCUCUUCGCAAGAUUGGCCACUGCCAAACAAAAUGUAUACAUGAAUCUUAUGGAGGGGAGGGGCCACACAUGCACUACGUUACUGUCCAACUCAAUAGUCACUUCUUCACUUUCUGUCACAUUAUGGCUACAAAACAACGGUAGCUUCAGUUCGUUUAGCUUCAUGUAUCAGAAUUCAUAUUCACAUGAAUUAAACCUGGACUUUGAAUAUGUUCUUUUGAAAUCCAAAUCUUUUUAGUCAGCUUUCUUAAUCCAGAUAUGCUGAAAAAAAAGAGCAAAGACCACUGGUUUAUCCUGAGGAUUUAAGUUUAAUUAUGACACCACAUCAAAAUAAAAAUUUCCAACAGAUCUGGAAUUUAAUUCCAUCCAUAUACAUGCAUAGCAACAACGUUUUAAGAAACAUUUUCUCCCAUAAUCAGGACAUUGGAAUGAUCAUUUUACAUCAGUAUUCCCCACUGACCUCCCACCCGGCUUGUUCAUCAGCAAUAAACUUAAUUUUCGUACAGCGUCUUUUUUUUUUUUGUCUUGUUUUUUUUUUUUUAAUGGG